AUGAGUCCAAGAAACAAUCAAAACUAAAUAUUUAAGUUGAAAAAUCAGCCACUUGGUUAGUUGAUCCAAAAAAGUUAAUAAUCUAUUCAGACCAUUAAAAAUCGAAUGAAAAGCUCCAUUAAGAGUAGUAAUAACCAUAAAUACAACUAAAAUAAUCAUUGCAACUAAUAUAGCUAGCAAUCUCAAAGAAUUAAUCCAAUUUUCUGGACAUAACUUGCAUUAGAUAUUAUCUUUGGAGUAUCCUGA